CCAGGGUGGGUUCGCAGCACAACAGACGUCGUUCGUUCGCUCGAAGAGACACUGUUAGUAGUCUGAGCAGUCUGACUAUCGUAGCCGGUGGAAUUUUUGUCUUUUUUUCAUGUUUUCGUGAAUUGUGUUAGUUGCGUUCCGUUCGCGAAAACGUCUCGUCUGGAACCUCGUCCAUCCGGUGAAAUUCGUUACUCAUGCAGAGUGAAACGUAAACAAAACAAUAGAUCCAGUAUUCUAUCCUCUGAUCGUCGGGAAAAGAGAAACUUCAUUGUUGAGUGUUGGGCCGCAUCCGCGACCCAGAACAUCAGCAGAGGUGGCGUGGGGCACGGCAGUGAUGGAAUUGCAGAGCUGGUUGCUCUAUCAUCUUGUGGCCGUAACCGACUGCAACCAAGUGAUGCAGUCGGCGACGGCACUGAAUGGCGGAUCUUAUCCCGCCAGUGGCACCGGAAGCCGUGCCCGCGAUUUAGGUCUACGCGCACAAAAGAAACUUCUAGGUCGAGUUGUGUCCACAGGAGCAGGAAGGUCGCUUCUGAUAGAUGACGCGACCACUUCGCUAUUAGACAAUUUGUAUAAGCUCAUGGAGAGAGCUGCGAAGACUAAUCCCAGCUUGGACAAGAAACAGCCGGAGAAAGUCUUGAAAAAUAUCGUUAAAUUGUCCAUUAAGGUGGCAUUGCUGCAACGUAAUCAACAAUUGUACGCCACUGACGAUGCGAAGCUUGUCGAGAUAAGAAAUGCUCUGAGAGCUGUGGCGAUGUCUGUGGUUUCCUUUUAUGAGCUAGAAUUCAGUUUCGAUAGAGCUUAUUUAAUAAAGUCGCUGGAACGAUGUAGAGCUGCGAUACAGUCGCUCAUAAAACCACAUCUCACGGACAAAUCUCAGGACCGGUGUGACCAGAUGUUCGACUUUUUAACGCAUUCCGACUUUUUGGAUUCUGUGUUCAGACAGGACUCUGAACACAGACCUAUCUUGGGGAUGCUAGUUAGCGAUAUCAAUAAGGCCUUAGAUGCUGGGCAUCUUUGAUUUCUUUUGGUUAACGUAACCGUGUUUUCAUGAUCACGCUAGAAAAAGAAUGGGAUGGAAACUUCCAAACUUGCCGGUGUAUUAUUAUCAUUGCGGAAACUGUUAAGGGUAUUCUUUUUUCGAAUACGAUAAGGAAUGAAAUCGUGGAACAGUUACUUAUGAUUGCCUGUAAAAAAAAGAAAACAACAGAUUAAAUAAAAGAUAGUAAUAUGUUGUCGAUACGGGGAUACAGUUCAGUCUUCGCGCGAACGGAUCGAUAGUAGUGCUCACUGAUUUAUGCAAUAAUUGUGAAAUACUCUAUUUAUUUUCAGAAUGUAUAUUGUACGAUUAAUGUAUAUUUAUUUACGGUAACUUGCGUGUUAGGAUACGGACUGUCAAUCUAUACCAAAAAGAAAUAUGAGCUUAUUUAUGCCCGACAAUGGGCUCAUAGUGAUGACGGUAGAAACGCCUCACUAAUAAUCUCCACAGAAUAACCGCGUGAAAGAAGCAGUUUAUCGGUGCGAUCACGCUAAUAGAACACACACGCUCUGGAAAAAAAAAUCGUGUUAAAGGCAUUAAUCUUCUACUCGUCAAGAACUAUACUUUAACAUAUCGAAAGUGCAUUAUAGGGCAAGAUUGCUCUCGCGUUUUUACCUAUAUUGCGCCUUGCUACGUUUCCAACACACAACAUAUCUAAUAUAAUCAUGGCUAAGCAUCAAUAAUCGAAUUGAAAAAAAUUUGCAUUACUACAUGUACUACAAGUAUAUCGCGGUUUACGCGUGUUUUGUACACAUUAUACACUCUUUACAUAUUAUUUGUGAUGUUUCUCAAUGAAAUAAAAAAAACGUUGUACGAAUAUACCAUUAAUAAAUUAUUGAUAAGAUCGA